UUCGACCCGUACGAGCAGGCCCGGAAGGCGCUGUCCCUGCGCACGCCGUUCGAGGAGGAGGCGGCGCCCCGGGUGCCCACGCUGCCCGCGCGGCUCGUCAGCUGGGCGGGGCCCAGCGACCGCCGGAAGAAGCACAAGAAGCUGGAGCCCCCCGACGCGGCCGCCGAGGAGCACCCGCCCAAGCUGCCCGCCGCGCCCUCCGGGAAGAAGGGCGCCUGGGACCACUUCGAGGCCUACUUCCGCCCCGUCACCCUCAACGAUGUCCAAAUGCUCAUGAUGCCCGCCAGGUUCCCCUUCUGCCGCGGGGAGCUCGACCCGUGUGUCCUCGUGCCGUUGCCCGGCAGCGGCGAGGAGGAGGAGGAGGAGCUGCUGGUGGAGGAGACGUACGAUGUGGCCGUCGCCGAGACGAGCUCCUACUUGGGCGUGGGCGGCGAGGAGGUCGUCUGCCACAAGGAGCGCAGCGCGCAGAGUGCGGAUUUCCUCAGCAACGUCAGCACCGAGCAGGGCAUACAUGACGUCGUCGUGCAGCAGCUGGAUUGUCCCAGGGACCGCAGCGAGCAGAGCAUUGAGCAGCGUAUGCACGAGGUGGUUGCGCAGCGGGAGGAGUGGCCACAGGAGGUGGAGCAAGGUAGUAGCAGCGGUGGCACCGUGUCACCAGUAUGCGAGGACGAGGAGGAGGAGGAGGCAGGGACAUCACUGAAUUGGCUGCUAGGAGCGAGGCAGCGAGUCGUGCUCACUACCGAGCGCCCAAACAAGAAGAGGAAGCUCCUAGGUGUCGAUGCUGGGCUAGACAAGCUUGUGCUGCUUCCACGCUUGGGAGCUCGGGCGGGGUCGACGUGCGAUGUUUGCUGUUUGGGACAGAGUGCCAUGGCGUCCAACAGGAUGCUUCGCUGUAGCAACUGCAAGGCCUCCGUGCACCAGAAGUGUUAUGGUGUGCAUGCCGUGCCGAAGGGCAAGUGGCUCUGCGCUUGGUGCAAGUAUGUGGAGUCCGCAGGGGUGUCAUCCAAGAAAGAGGCAGCCAGCACCCUGUCAAUGCCUUGUGUGCUAUGCCCAAAGGGGAAAGGGGCUCUAAAACCUGCAAAAACCGACCCUAAUCGAACUGCAGAUGGAGGCAACCUGCAAUUUGCGCACUUGUUUUGUAGCCUUUGGAGACCAGAGGUUCUUGUGGAGGACAUGGACUCAAUGGAGCCUGUUACCAAUAUUGGAUCUGUACAAGAGAAUCCAAUCAAAAUGGUCUGCACUAUUUGCAAGGUUAAGCGGGGUGCAUGCGUCCGAUGUAGCCAUGGGUCAUGCCGGGCUGCCUUCCAUCCUAUAUGUGCACGAGAUUCCAAGCACCAAAUGGAGAUAUGGGGAAAAUUUGGACAUCCUAAUGUUGAGCUGAAAGCGUUUUGCUCAAAGCAUUCUUCAGUUGGGUAUGUCAACUCUCUAGAGAAAAGCAAUAAUGCAUCUGAGCAGGGUGCUAGAGAAGUGAGGACAAAAGAUGCAAAUCUCAGCAUUGGAAAGAUUCCAAAGCUUAGAUUCACACGGAAGAACAAGGACAGAUCCAUGAACUAUGAAACCGGUAGCUUUAACCCUGACAGCCUUAUCAAAGUGGAGACGAUGGAGCAUGGUGCUUUGCCCCGUACUGUUAGAAGUUCAGAUACUCAAGCAACCCGAAAUAUGGAAAUGGAUACUGAUAAUCCCUCAGUUAGUAAUCUUAUGAGAAACUCUGGUGAUAUUGCUAUGGUUCUCAAAAAGCUAAUUGACAGAGGGGAUGUUAGUGUGAGUGAUAUAGCAUCUGAAGUGGGUAUUUCUUCAGCGUCCUUCGAAGCUGCUCUCGUGGGUGAAACUACAACAUUUUCCCAUGGUUUGAAGUUGAAAAUCAUCAAGUGGCUUCAAAAGUCUGCACAUAUACCAGCUGUUGAAGCGAUCCCUCUUAAAGAGAGCUCAGAGGUGGUACAAGAGGACAAACUAGAUGGGUCUGAGGGUACAAAUAGUGUCAAUGUGAAUAGUUCAUUGAUCCCAGUGGACAAAGAAGCAGAAGUUGAGAUGUCGGUUUCUACUGUACCAAAACUCUCACCACCAAGGUCUAAUGCCAAAGUUCUGAAAGAAGAGAAGGCAAUAUGUGCAACUGGAGCUACUUUGGAAAAUGGAAAAAAAGAUAUGGCUAAAGGAAGUGCUGAUGAUUUUUCAAAAGAUUUUAUUAGAAAUCUGUCCCCAGUUGGAAACAAAGAUACUUCAAAGGCAGUGCAUGCAAAGUUGAUACCAAACAGCAUCCCUGGCAAUAAAGUAUUCGGUGCUUCCAUGGAGGUACAAAAUCAACUCGAAGCUACAUCACUUGGAAGGAAAAAUAAUGACUUGACAGAGCCUGAACUUGGCUCGGAAUUGGAGGGGUGCGUAUCUUCAUUGGAUAAAACCUCUUCUUUGGGUGAUAAUGUUAAACAUGGGUCGAAUUCAGAUGAAAAUGGCGUAUGCAAUCAUCGUGAUUGUAAUAUGGAUCAUGUUAAUGGACAACCCUUUUUCAGCUUUGAUGAUUCUCAUUCUUACAUCCAUCCAUUUAUCAAGGAAAAAAUUGCUUAUCUUUGGGACCAUACUUUUAAGCAGAAUAAGCAGGCACAGUAUCACUCUGAAGGACAAUUAUGUUCUUCCAGUGAGAAAAGGCACGUGGAUUCCUCAAUAGAACUAAUGGAAACAACAGAAAUUGAUGUGGCAGAUCAAAUUUCUAAGGCAAAAUCUUUGGGAAUUCUUGAUCAUUCACCUGAUGAUGAAGUAGAAGGAGAAAUGGUGUUCUUACAAGCUAGGCUGCUUGACAAUGCUAUGGUUCUGAAGCAUACAUAUGAAGAUUUAAUAGUGAAGGUUGUUCAGAAUCUUUCUCGCGAGUUGAAUGUUUUCAGUAAAAGAAAAUGGGACUUCAUCCUUGUCAAUCAUUUUCUUCGUGAUGUUAGAGAAGCUAAGAAACGUGGCAGAAAGGAGAAGAGACAUAAAGAAGCUCAGGCGGUACUAGCUGAAGCUGCAGCUGCUGUUGCAGCCUCCUCACGUAACUCCACUGUGAGAAAAGAUGCAAAUGAUGAUAUUCCUCCAAAAUUUGGUGCUGGAUCUUCAAGAGUUGCCCAGCGGACUCCUUCACUACCACGGUCCAAGGAUUCAUCAAAGCCAUCCAACAGCAAAGUUUCACCAGUUACUAACUUUGGCACUUUCCAUAUGCCAAUUUUAUCAAAAGAAAAUGCACUCUACUGUGAUGUCUGCUUGCGGAGUGAAUCUGUGUUGAACAGAAUAUUUGUCUGCUCCAGAUGCAAGGCUGCUGUCCACAUAGAUUGCUAUAGAAAUCUAGGGAUAUCUAUUGGCCCGUGGAAAUGUGAACUCUGCGAAGAUAUUUCAUCAGAAGCUGUUAGCUCUAGUGGUGAAGCUGACUGCAAUGACAAAUACUUAUCCAUGGUACGAUGUGCUCUGUGCCAUGGAACAUCUGGUGCUUUUAGAAAGACUAUAGAUGACCAGUGGAUUCAUGCCUUCUGUGCUGAGUGGUUGUUGGAGACCAAGUACAUGAGAGGGCAAGAUAAUCCAGUGAGCGGAAUGGAAACCCUUCUAAGGGAAAAAGAUACUUGUUGUGUCUGCAUCAGCAAAGUUGGUGUGUGCCUCAAGUGCAAUAGUGAGGGCUGCCAGACCACUUUUCAUCCUUCUUGUGCUAGAGAUGCUGGUUUCUACAUGAACAUUAAAGGAUUUGGGACUACGUUGCAGCACAAAGCAUACUGUGUGAAACACAGCACAGAGCAGAAAGAGACUGAUGCCUGGCAGUAUGGACCUGAGGAACUCAAUAGCUUGAAAAGGAUGAGGGUUGAGUUGGAAAAGUUACGCCUCUUGUGUGAGAGGGUAAUUAAGAGAGAGAAGGUGAAGAGAGAGACAGUUCUGUGUGACCAUGACAUACUCGCCAAAACGAAGGAUACUGUUGUUUUCUCCUACCUUGCACCUGGAGCUAGUUCGGAAUCUGCCACUACUUCAGUUAAUAAUAAAUCAUACAGUGGAACCGUGCAAAGAUCUGACGAUGUCACGGUGGAUAGCAGUAUUUCUGGGAAGAAAACCGUCAGGUUUUCUCUUAAUAACGGAGAUGCUGAGAGAAACACAGCUGAUAGCUCAAGGACACUGAUAUCUUUCAAACGGAAGUUGAGUGAGAGGGGACCACUUGCUGGCAAGCAACUUCCACAAAGAUCAGUGAGUGCCCUACAGAAAUUGGAAGAUGGAGAACAGAAAAUAAAAGAUAAGCAGAUAGAAACCUUUCAAAAGGAGCUUAUUAUGACAUCUGAUCAAGCAUCAACGCAGAACCAACGCCUUCCAAAAGGAUAUGUAUAUGUUCCCCGUGAUUCUCUUUCUAAAGAGAAACCAUGGAAACGGAAUACACAAACCCAUGAACCACAUGAGCCUGGUGGAUAGGCACAUUUGAGAUCAAGAUGGUUAUUUUCUCUGAUGGAAACCCGCAAAAUGUUUGCAUGCUUAGUGUUCUCAUCUGGAAAGCACAAGCAUCAAGCAGUUCUGUCCUAUGCUUUUCUCUUGAGGAUUACCAGCAACAAACGAUACCAUCGGAACCAAGCUGUAGAAUGAUGCAAACCGUGCUAUUGUGGAUUUGUUCGGUGUGGGAUCAUGACUAGAAUGCCUGGUCACUUGGAUCAAUGCAAACAUAGGUGCAUUUCACCCCGCCAGGGGUUAUACAAAGAUGCCUCUCACCUGUGUAUAUAGAUUUGUCGUUUAGAGUACAGCUUUUGUAAAUUUUCUUUGUACAUUCCUACCUUUACAAAUGCACAGUGUAGUUAUGCAAAAAAUAGUGAGAAUUACCAUUGCUUUUUGGUUGUAGAAGAAAAGAAGGGAACUUGGGAUGACUGAAGGGGUGACGUUCCUUCAUAUGAUUGGGAAGAAGUAGUAUCUAACAAGGUCUGAUUCAUGUUAUUUGUAGGGAUGGAGACAGUGAAAGCAGUUGAAUAGACUGGAUCAGCUACCACUGUUGAGCAGCCAGGUAGCAGUGAGAGGCACUGAUCAAGAUUAUUCUUUUCUAUGUUGGUUGGUACUGGGUGAUUAGAUGAAACCAGUAGGUUUUUAAACAUGUUCCUAGGGUUAACUUGAUUUAUGCUGUCAAGACAACAGCAAAGGGGAAGUUAACUAGCAAGUCUGGCGUGUUUGUCAGAUACUCAGAUGUUAACUUGCAUGUUGGAUCCAGAUUUUUUGGUCUGAGACUGGUGUUUUCUGCUUGCCGUCCAGAUUUGUAACUGUGCUCAAUUGUGGUCGGUGGUGUUCAAAGCCAUACUGGCAAUGUAGAACAGCUGUUCAUUUUGUAAUGGUAAUUUUUUUUCUGCA